ACUCAGGGAGAGACAGACAGACGGAAUACUCAGAGAGAGACAGACAGACGGAAUACUCAGGGAGAGACAGACAGAUCGAAUACCUGGCAUCUCAGAGCUUACAUCAGACUACAGAGCACUGGGUGACAGGGCAGGUGACGUCCAUGGACACAAUGCUGUACAGUACUCCAACAGAACCGGACGAAGACCAAGAACACACACAUCAGCACGGUGAACCCACACACUUCGAGCAGGCCCCAGCAAGCUGGCUCAAUGUUCCACAGGUGUAUCUGCUGCCGGACACACCCGCAGCAAAGAGGGUUGUCGGCCCCAGCCACCUGUCCAAGUACCUGAGAGUGAAGGGCCUUCACAACACAGAACCGAUCAUAGGUCUGGGCAGUGUGUUGGAGUGUAGAGGUAUAUCCCAGGCUACGUUUUUCAUGUGUGUGAGCUGUGCUGACACUCUCUCCAGUACACACAUCUGUGAACACAUCAUCAGCGUGCAACACCAGAAGCGCUACAUGUUUUCCCAGUACAGUCCUAUGCGCUGUGAUUGGUUGAGGGAGCAGCAGCAGCCUCCGAGUCCACACCUCCUCAGGAAGGUCGCUUGGGCACUGUCACAACUGGAGGUGGAACUCGAUGCACAGGUGAUGCUGCUGGACCAGAAGUGGUAUAACCUUGUGCAGUCUGCUCCAUUCUACGAAGCCAUGUACAUGCUGCAGGAACAGAACCAGAAUGCCCUGCGUCUACACCCAGCAACCAGACACCAGCUUUGUUCCCCAGUUGGUCCUGACCCAGAAACGGAGCAGGGCUUUGACCAGAACCACAGAGUGAUGGAUAAACUGACCAUGGAUCAGAUUGAGCCCCAUCAUCCCCUGCAGACAGCAGAUACAGUGGCUGGUAAACUGACUGGAGAUCAGCUGGAGUCAGGCCAGAGCAUACAGACCGCAGACAGACGGCCAGAUAAUCAGAACUCGGAUCAGCCCCAGUUGAGCCAGAGCUCCGAGAGAACAGAGAUGGUCCCUGAGCCAAUAAGAGCCAAGACACCACAUCAUUCUGAACCAAUCAAAUCCCAGACACCACAGAACACUGAGCCAAUAAGAGCCUGGUUGCCACAGAACUCCUCAGAACCACAUCUGGACCAAGACGACACAGUCAUUAUCAAACAGGAGCCUGUGGACCCCGAGGUGGAACCUCAGCCCCAGCCUCAGACCCAGCCUGAGGUGGACGCCUUAAAGGGUGUGUGUGAGGUGGAGUACCAGGGGACCGUCCUAGGACACAGCCAAGAGGUGACACGUAUAGGAGGGGCCACAGAGAACUCCCUUCACCCCACCAAGAACCUGAGAGACAACGUCAACAACAGCCUGCCUUUGGUCGGUCUCAGUGCAGUGAUAGAGUGUUGCAGUGAGGGCCAGGUGCCCUUCUACCUGUGUGUGUCGUGUGGCAGCCAAAUUGAAAAAGCUCUACUCUUCAGCCAUGUCCUCAAAUACAGACACCGACAGAAAUACCUGACGAUGAGGUACCCGUGGUAUUUCCUUGGUGUGGUACAAGCCCGAGGACUGGCAGAACAGUCCAGACUGAUGCAGCUUGCUAAGGAGGUGGAGGAGCAGAACCAUGAUGAGCCUGGCAGACUACAGGAGGUGAUUCUGGCCCCUGCUGACUUUAACGAGAUCAAACAGAUGCUGUUUGAUAAAGGUGAGUGAUUGUUGAUAGACUUCUGUGUGA